AUGCAGAGGUCUUCCAUAUCUUCACAACGCAGCAACGAAAGGAGCCCACUCCUCUCAGCUCAAGGAACCUCAACCGCUCUACCACCAGACGACGCCAUACCCUCUCAAUCUCUGACGCCGUCCUACACCCCAGCAGCUUCCUUUGCCAGAUCACGCAAGCUCUCAGUCACAACACGGCCUUCUCUUGAUCAGGACGCCACACCAGAGACGGCACGACUGCUCGAUCAAAUAUCAGACGCCUCCCCUACCACAGACAGCAGAGAGGAUCGCUCACCCUCCUACGACAUCGAGCGCGGUAGCUCCUUAGACGACCCAGAUCGUACAAAUGAACUUCCCUUCCCAUCACAAACCGACCCUUCGAAACCGUUGCGGCCCAAGAAUUAUCGCAUCAAGAAGAAUGCUUCCAAAGUCCGAGGCUUCGUCAAGCGCAACGAGGGGAUCCUGCUGCUGGGUUUGGCGCAGCUCUUCUUUUCCACCAUGAACUUCUUCUUCAAACUCAUCAACCUUCUUCCUCCUGAGGAGAGCCCUCCAGUCACAGCGCUCGAGAUCAUCUUUAUUCGCAUGUCCAUCACCUGGGUCGGCUGUGUCGGCUUCAUGCUCGCAUCGGGAGUAGAGAACCCUUUCUUGGGUCCCAAGGAGGUACGCAAGCUUUUGGCGCUCAGAGGCUUCGUCGGCUUCUUUGGUCUUUUCGGUCUCUACUAUUCCCUUCAGUACUUGUCGCUGGCAGACGCAACCGUCAUCACUUUUCUCGGUCCCCUAGCCACAGGUCUCUUGGGCUUCGUAGUGCUCCGAGAACCUUUCACGCUUCGCGAGGCAAUGGGCGGCAUCGUCAGUCUCAGCGGUGUCGUGCUCAUCGCUCGUCCCGCUUUCAUCUUCGGAAGGAAGGCGGCCGACUCAGACCUCGAUCAGCCGCUCAGCAUCGAUCUUACCAAUUCGACAACCGCCAUCCAUGCCACCGCAAAUGCCUCUGUUCAAGCUGGUGCCGCUGUCGUAAAGCAUCUUUUGCACAAUUUGACUUCGAGCGAGUUGAUACGACGCAGCGCCGCCAGCACAAACGCUACCGUCGUUGACGGUGCAGAUGGCAUUGUCACUAUCGACGGUGUCACCGAGAAGCAGCGUCUUUUUGCUGUCGGUCUAGCACUCUUGGGUGUCUGUGGCGGCGCAGGGGCUUACAUCACCAUCCGUGCCAUCGGUCGACGCGCUUCCGCAACCCACUCGGUCGCCUACUUUUCGCUCUACUCGACCAUCGUCAGCGCCCUCCUCAUGUGGUACACAGGCACCAAGUUUGUCCUCCCCACGCAACCCAAGUGGAUCCUCCUCCUCGUCUGCGUCGGCAUCUUUGGUCUCGCCGCUCAGAUUCUGCUCGCCAUGGGUCUGCAGAGAGAAAAGGCAGGGAGGGCUGUUUCGGUCACCUAUCUGCAGAUCGUCUAUGCGACCCUGUAUCAGCUCGUGUUCCUGCACAUCCCUAUUCAGCCGCUCAGCGCCAUCGGUAUGGUCAUCAUCCUCGUCUCGGCUGGUUGGGUCGCCGCUGCCAAGUCGUAG